AUGUCGACACCAAACGAUGAGAGGCCGGAGCCUACAUAUCAACAACCAUCAUAUCACCUCCCUGGAUACAAUGUGAAUCCUCACCACGAGCGAAACUCGGAUGAAGAAGGCACAGUUGUUGGAGACCACAGAGACCACAGAGAGCAUAGAGAUGAACACAGCCAACACAGUCAUCACCGCUUCCGUGACGAGGAAGAUGAUGGACCUGUCGAUCCACGAAUGCACCGUAUGGGUAGCCAUCUUACCGUCGACACAGCCAACGACCCCCACUACCACCCUCGAAUGCACGACAUGACUUCGCCAUCACAGAAUCGCGAAAUGGCCAACAGACUUGAUGAUGACCUGGAGUUACUCAAGAUUGAAAGACAAGUGUCGCACGAUGCCGACGUUCAGACAAGAGACGGUGCAUCACACAUGGGCCGUCAACGCUCCAGAAGGGACGACAUUGACGAAUUCGACAUUGCUACGAAUCCUAUCCAUGAACAGACCGCUAUGUACAAACCCCCUCAGGACCCUGUCGGCAACUUUUCCAAGUUGAUCAAGAGGAUCCAUCACUCGAGUUUCUUGAUUCGCUAUCUUACAUAUAUUCUGCCCAUCGUAUUGAUUCUGCUCAUCCCGCUGUUGAUCGGCGCGUUUGUCAGCCCUGCGACUAAGGCUGUUGUUGGAGGUGUCGAACUUAUGUGGUUCAUGAUCUGGCUUGAGAUUGUCUGGCUCACAUUGUGGGCUGGUAGACUCCUUGCCAAAUGCCUUCCCUACCCGAUCGGUCUUUUCUCUACAAUCUUCACCAACAACAGCAAGAAAUGGCGUGACAUGGGCAAGCAACUCGAGCUUCCAGCAACUCUAUUCUUCUGGUGGCUCGGUGUCGAGGUUUCCUUCUUGCCCACCAUGAAGAACCACCAGGCCAACAAGAGCAAAGCAACACAACCGUGGAUGGGCACGAUGAACAAAGUCCUGGUGGCAAUUUUCGUCGGCAUGAUUCUCAACUUUGUCGAGAAGAUUAUCAUCCAACUUAUCGCCAUCAGUUUCCACUUGCGCACCUACGCCGAUCGUAUCGAGUUGAACAAGUUCCAGAUUGGCAGUCUGGUCAAACUUUACACCUUCUCCAAAGCAAAAAUCGCCAUGGAGGAUUCCGAGUUCGAGGCACCUUCUGGCGUAGAUUCUGGCGCCCGUACUCCUGGUCGCUACCUUCAAGAAGCCCACAAGCAAACCAAGGAGAUUUUCAACAAGGUUGGUGACGUCGCUGGAAAGAUGGCAGGUGACUUUACAGGAAAGUCUGUUGCACAGAGCACUCACCCUCACCAAGUCGUCUUGACGCUUUUGGGUUCCACCAACGGCAGUCAGGUUCUUGCACGUCGCUUGUACCGCACUUUCGCCAGACCCGAGACUGAGACUGUUUACAACGACGAUCUGAAGAACGCCUUUGACAACGACGAAGAGGCCGAAGCUGCUUUCUCCAUGUUCGACAAGGACAUGAACGGUGAUAUCUCUAUGGAAGAGCUGGAAGCGGUUUGUGUCGAGAUCGGCCGUGAGCGCAAGUCUAUCACUGCUUCGUUGAAGGAUCUCGACUCGGUCGUUGGUAAGCUGGAUGACAUGUUCAUGUUCCUUGUCGCCGUCAUCACCAUUUUGGUCUUCAUCUCGCUUAUCUCGACCUCCGCUGCUGGCGUGUUGACUUCUGCUGGUUCCACCGUCCUUGGUCUCUCAUGGCUGUUCUCGGCGACUGCAACUGAAAUUCUGCAGUCCAUCAUUUUCGUCUUCGUCAAGCAUCCUUUCGACGUCGGUGACCGUGUGACCAUCUACGGAAACACCGGUGCCACUCUGACUGGUGAUGAUUAUUUCGUCAAGGAAAUUGCUCUGCUGUACACUGAAUUCAAGAAGAUGGAGGGACACGUGGUGCAGGCACCUAACAGUUACCUCAACACUCUUUUCAUUCUUAAUCAGCGUCGUUCUGGUGGUCUCGCUGAAGCCGUCCCUGUCGUCAUUAAGUUUGGUACUACUCUGGAACAGAUCGAAAGUCUGCGCAACCGUCUCCUCGACUUCGUCAAGCAGGAAAACCGCGAAUACCAAGGCAACAUUCUUACUGAACUCCGCUCAGUCACCGAGGUCCACUCUCUUACUCUCAACGUCGUUUUCUUUUACAAGUCCAAUUGGCAAAACGAAGGUCUUCGUCUCGCUCGCAGAAACAAGUUCAUCUGCGCUCUUAUGGUCACCAUGCAGGAGUGUGGUAUCGAAGGUCCUCGUAUGCGCUUCCCUGGUCAGAAGGAGUCUUUCCCUGUAUACAUGCAAAACAUCCCUCAUCAAGCAACUCCUGGCAUGGGUCGCAAUGGUCACCCUGACAACCCAACUGGCUGGCAAGAAGGCGAGAACCAAGACCCACCAUUUGUCACUCCCGCAGAAGGCCCCAUUGGUGGCCGCGCACGCGCUGGCUCAAUUCUCCGCAAUGGCUCUACUGCCCGUCGUCACGAGACUCUGGCUCAGAUGGGCAAGCGUGUCGAUUUCUCCCUAGGCAUGAGUGCCGAAGCCGCCAACAACUAUUCUGGAGAUGUCUUUGAGGAUGAACAACGCAAGCCUCGUUUACCCAUCAGUGUAACCUCGCCAUCCCCCGACUAUCGUAACAGAAAGUCAAACGACACACAUCGCAGCACUGAUACUGGCCGCUCUACUUCCCGCGACAUUGGGCCUGGCCGUCUGGCACGCCGAUCCACAGACGCUUCCACGACCUCUCGCGUCACACAUCGUAACCGCUUCUUCGGCCGCGCCCGCGGAAACACAAUUGACGAACAAGCAAUGAUGGAAAAGGGCAUGGCCGACAUCCCCGAAGACUCUCCUGGUGGCGCCAAUAGCAAUGCUCCCAGUACCAUCGACCCUCGCACUGGUCUCGUGUCUGGAGCUGCUUGGCGAACACGUACCAAUGAAAGCAACGUAGUCAGAAAGAGUCAGGAAAGACCUAGGACUGGCCAUACGGCUGAGACGGCGGGGCUUGACGGGCCGGCGCAAUUGCAUCCUGGAGAUAGUGAGGAUUUCGAGAUGAAGAGAUUCCAUUGA